CCAGUUUCUGUUUUUUCCACCACUUGCUAACUGGUAACAGACUCCACCAGGGUGUGGGAUGCAUAGCUUUUCCUCCCCUCCUUUCCUACCUCUCCUCCCCGUCCCCCUCCUCGCUCCCCCGGCCCUGCAGCACAUGGUACGCUCCGCUUAAAGGCUGCAUGUCAGCUCGGGCUGCUCGCAGCGCGUCCACGCCGUCUUCUCCUUCGUCUUCUCCUUCUUCUUCCUCGCACACAUGUGAAGGAUGCGGUAACAGGUCGACGUCACCCCUCGCCGGGCAGAUUCUCCUUUUUUGCUCGAAGUUGAACUGAGAGAGAGAGAGGGGAUCAGUGUCGCCGUCUUCCGCAACUUUAUCACCAUGCUGCUCUGUGUGGACCCGCUCCCCAGGGGAAGAUCCUCAACAUGAUGGAGGACAACAAGCAGCUGGCCCAGAGGAUCGACGGGGCCAUCCGCUCGGCCAGCCAGGAAGUCAGCAACCUGCGCUCCGAGCUGACCGCCACCAACUGCAGACUGGCGGGCCUGGGGGGUGCCGGCGGACCCCCCGCUUUGGAGAACCACCGGCAGCGCAACCACCUCCUGCACCACCACCACCACCAUGCCGACAGCCUCCGCUACCGGGACGCUUCAGUGCAUCACAGACAGAAGAUGCUGGUGACGGACAUGUGCUACCCUGCAGAGAUCUCCAGCCUGAUGGACUUCGGCUCCCCCGAAUGCUCGCUGGGCAAAGUGUUGUUGCACGAGGAGGUGGCCCAGCUGCAGGAAGAGGUCCAGCUGCUGAGGCAAAUGAAGGACAUGCUGGGCAAAGAUCUGCAGCAUCAGUCCCAAGGAGGAGGAGGAGGAGGAGGAGGAACCAACGCCGGCCUGCUCUCUGCCGCAGAGCUCCGGGUUCAGCUGGGCGAGAAGGAGCAGGAGUUGGACCGCGCCAAGGAGGCCUUACAAGCAAUGAAAGCCGACCGUAAGCGUCUAAAAGGGGAGAAGGGCGACCUGACGAGUCAGAUGCAGCAGCUGUACACAACACUGGAGAGCAGAGAGGACCAGCUCAGAGAAUUCAUACGAAACUACGACCAGCAUCGAAAGGAGAGCGAGGACGCGGUGAAGGUCCUCGCCAGGGAGAAAGACGUGCUAGAGAGGGAGAAGUGGGACCUGAGGAGGCAGACCAAAGAGGCCACGGAGCAGGCCAACAUACUGCGCUCUCAGCUGGACAUGAAGGAGAACAGGAUCAAGGAGCUGGAGGCGGAGCUUACCAUGGCGAAGCAGUCUCUGGCCACGCUGACGAAAGAUGUACCGAAGCGCCACUCGUUGGCGUCCACGACUGAGCCCGUGGUGAACGGCAGUCAGGAGUGGGUGAUGCAGGCCGACCUCCCGCUGACCGCCGCCAUCCGGCAGAGCCAGCAAACGCUCCACCACGGACACAACGCGGACAGACAAGCUGUGGUCAAGAUUAGCCCCUGCCACUCGCGGCAGCCGUCCGUCAUCUCGGACGCCUCGGCCGCAGACGGGGACCGCUCGUCCACGCCCAGCGACAUCAACUCUCCUCGCCACCGGACUCACUCGCUCUGCAAUUCCAUGGAGGACCUGGAAGACCAGAAGCGUAAGAAGAAAAAGGAGAAGAUGACUUUAGGCUCCCUGUCACGCGUCUUCGCCCGAGGAAAGCAGCGCAAGUCACUGGACCCGGGCCUGUUUGAUGGUACUGCCACACCCAAUUAUUACAUAGAGGAGGAUGCCGACUGGUGAUGCCGAGUGUGUGUGAGCGCGUGUGUGUGUGUAUGCGUGCGUGCGUGUGUGUAUUUGAAGGUGUGUGUCAUAGCCUAAAAGAGACUGCUUCUCCAUCAAAUGUAUAGUAUAUUAUCCUCAGAUUGUAUGUAUGUAAAUUAUAUAUAUAUUUAUAGAUGUAUGCAUAUGUAUAUACGUUUACAUGCAUAUAAAUAUAUACAUGGGGUUAUUAUCACUCAAUGUGUACACAUGCUGUAUUAUCUUCAACUUGUCUUUUUCAUUUUCUACAACUGGAGACUUGAAGGACUGCUGUUCAUGUCAAAAUAGGAGUGUCUUUAAUGUUCAAAUUUUUUUUUUUUUUUUUUUUUUUUACAUUUACCACACUUUUUAUCCCACACAGCCAGCCCAUUUCACACAACCUCGUUGGCUUUAAGCAGUUGUUUUUUUUUUGGACACAUUGCUACAGAACCCCCAAAGCAGGGGUCGGCAACCCCAAUUGUUGAAAGAGCCACAUUGGAACAAAAAUACAAAAACAAAUCCGUAUGGAGCCGCAAAAAAUGAAAAGCCUUAUUACAUACCGAUAGUUUGUCAUGAGAUAUCAAUUGAAUUAUGAGGACUUCAAAUUAAACUAAAUGAGCUCAAAUAUAACUACAAAUGAGGCAUAAUGAUGCAAUAUGUACAUACAGCUAGCCUAGAUAGCAUGUUAGCAUCGAUUAGCUUGCAGUCAUGCAGUGACCAAAUAUGUCUGAUUAGCACUCCACACAAGUCAAUAACAUCAACAAAACUCACCUUUGUGCAUUCAUGCACAACGUUAAAAGUUUGGUGGACAAAAUGAGACAGAAAAAGAAGUGGCAUAAAACACGUCUUAGGAAGUCGGAGAAAGUUAUACAUGUAAACAAACUAGGGUGAGUUCAAGGACAGCCAGAAUUAGUAGGACAAAACGGCGCUCGUCAAAUACUCGAAUCAGUGAAGCACGUUUAAUAUAAACAGUGUGCUUUUUAACAAUUACGGAGGUUUGUGUCAUGUUUGUCCUCCUACAGAAACAAUAUUAAAACAAAAAAUAUGUUUUUUUUCCCCCAUCAUCUUUUUCCAUUUUUCAUAUAUUUUGGAAAAAUCUCUAGAGAGCCAUUAGGGCGGCGCUAAAGAGCCGCGGGUUGCCGACCCCCGCCCUAAAGGGACAUGAGGAAAAAACAAUUUUGAUGUGUAUUUUUAGAUAUCUAUCUCUUGCGCACAAGAAACUUUUGCGUGCGCACGAGAUAUGUAUCACGUGCCACGAGAUAUGUUUCACGUGAGCACGAGAAAGCAUUGGAUGUGUGUGCGUGGUUUUUAGGUAAAGAAGAGGUACGCUUAAUUCUUAAAGAACUUGACCCAAAGGGUGUUGAACUCAGAGGAAGGAGACGGCUCCAUGAAUUGAUUAACGUGGACCCCGACUUAAACAAGUUGAAAAACUUAUUCGGGUGUUACCAUUUAGUGGUCAAUUUUACGGGAUAUCUACUAUACUGUGCGAUCUACUAAUAAAAGUCUCAAAGAAUCAAUUCAUCGUCAAAACUACUUUGCAAAAGUGUUGUGUCUUGACUAAGGUGAGGUGACAGCAAACAGACACCAGAGGUAGAGGAAAUGUUCAAUAAUUCACUACAUAUAUAGUCAAUAUAUAUAUAAUAAGAAUAAUAAACAAUACUAACUAAUAAACUAAGGAAAUUAAGUGUGACAAAACUCAAGAGUGUGUAUGGUGUAAGAUAAUGUGUAGAAUUUAACUGAAGUGUGUGUUACUAAAGUGUUGAACGAGGAACGAGGUAUUCCAUUGGCAGGCAGGUGAUCUGGGGCGAGGGAAAGGCGUCAUAGUCCAGGGGUGAGCGAGGAGUCGAGGAACGAGGGAUGCAGUCCAGAUCCAGGGCAGCGGAAGGAAAACACUGCUGAAACACGGGAGAUUGCGGGGUAACGUCUUAGUUGGAAAUACAGCCGAAUUAACUCCUAAACUUGCAUUUUCACACAUACCUCCAACCACGCGGACGCAUCCAAUGCUUUCUCGUGCGCACGUGAUAAAUAUUUCGUGCGCACGAGAUACAUAUCUAAAAAAAAAAAAAAAAAAAAAGUGUCCUCCCCAAAUUAUUUUUUCUCAUGUCCCUUUAGGGCCUCCGUACAUUGCCAAUAUGUUGCUUUGUUAAUAUAAAAAAGAAAAAACUGUCAUUUAAAUGUCCCUACGUUACGUAAAAUAAUAGGAGCUGCUUAAGUGCUGAUUAUGCAGUUAUAUCACAUCACAAAGUAGGUUAUUAGCUUUUAAAACAGUAAAAAAAAAUUAUUAUAAAAUAAAAAGCGCAUUUAGGCAAUAAAGGUCACCCUAAUAUCGUUUUUCCUCAAAAUGCUAUUAAACACCCCCUUAAGAGGUGCCUGUAAUUACAGUACCUGCUCCACCAGCCUGGGCAAUUAUUAUGACUCGGCGGGGGGGGGGGGGGGGCCCAAUCACAUAAUAUCGACGGCUUUUCACACACGCAAGGCAUACUAGGUCAACAGCUAUACAGGUCACACUGAGGGUGGCCGUAUAAACAUUUUUAACUCUGUUACAAAUAUGCGCCACACUGUGAACCCACACCAAACAAGAAUGACAAACACAUUUCGGGAGAACAUCCGCACCGUAACACAACAUAAACACAACAGAACAAAUACCCGGAACCCCUUGUAGCACUAACUCUUCAGGGACACUACAAUAUACAUCCCCCGGUAGUGCCCCCGCUAAAACACUAAUGCACUUUGUAACUUUAAUAAUAAACACGGCAGAGCCAUGUUGGCAUUUUUUCCAUAACUUGAGUUGAUUUAUUUUGGAAAACCUUGUUACAUUGUUUGAUGCAUCCAGCGGGGCAUCACAACAAAAUUAGGUAUAAUAAUGUGUUAAUUCCACGACUGUAUAUAUCGGUAUUGGUUGAUAUCGGUAAUUAAGAGUUGGACAAUAUUGGGAUAUCGGCAAAAGAGCCAUUAUCGGACAUCUCUACUCACGACCUACCGAUGUCAGGGCGGACAAUCUAAACCAGGGGUGUCAAAUUCAUUUUAGAUCGGGGGAGAAAAAUCUACUCCCAAAAUCACGGCACAAUAACUUAAAAAUAAAGACAACUUCAGAUUGUUUUCUUUGUUUGAAAAUAGAACAAGCACAUUCUGAAAAUGUACAAAUCAUAAUUUUGUCGGGGUUAUUUACACUUACAUGUUGUGGUUAAUUCUACGCUAUCUUUUUUUUGUCGUUAUUUAUACUUUCUGAAUAAUUAAUAUGAUAAUAUUGAAUGUAUGUUGCCAUUGCCGUUUUGGCGUCAUAUGCUCUGUUAUUUGUUUAGAUCAGGGGUGUCAAACUCAUUUUAAAUGGGGGGCCACAUGGAGAAAAAUUUACUCUCAAGUGGACCGGACUGGUAAAAUCACGGCACGAUAACUUAAAAAUAAAGACAACUUCAGAUCGUUUUCUUUGUUUAAGAAUAGAAUAAGCACAUUCUGAAAAUGUACAAAUCAUUAUGUUUUUUACACAUACAUGUUUGUGUUAUAUUUUUAUUUGUUGUUAUUUAUACUUUCUGAAUAAAUUAUGUGAUAAUGUUCAUCAGUCAACUCAUUGGGGUUAAUUUUCAAUCCAUCAAAAUAAAAAUCAAAAAUAUCAAAAUCUAAUUACAGCAGGCCCUGCAAUGAGGUGGCGACUUGUCCAGGGUGUACCCCGCCUUCCACCCGAUUGUAGCUGAGAUAGGCACCAGCACCCCCUGCGACCCCAAAAGGAAUAAGCGGUAGAAAAAAUGGACGGAUAAUUACAGCAAGUUAUUUAUUUAUCAAUCAAUCAAUCAAUGUUUAUUUAUAUAGCCCUAAAUCACAAAUGUCUCAAAGGACUGGACAAACCAUUACGACUACGACAUCCUCUGAAGAACCCACACAAGGGCAAGGAAAACUCACACCCAGUGGGCAGGGAGAAUUCACACCCAGUGGGACGCCAGUGACAAUGCUGACUAUGAGAAACCUUGGAGAGGACCUCAUAUGUGGGCAACCUCCCUCCUCUAGGGGACCGAAAGCAAUGGUUUUCUAGCGGGUCUAACAUGAUACUGUGAAAGUUCAAUCCAUAGUGGCUCCAACACAGCCGCGAGAGUCCAGUUAAAAGCGGAUCCAAGACAGCAGCGAGAGUCCCGUCCACAGGAAACCAUCCCAAGGGGAGGCGGAUCAGCAGCGUAGAGAUGUCCCCAACCGAUACACAGGCGAGCGGUCCAUCCUGGGUCCCGACGAGCGGGCCGUCCUGGGUCUCGACUCUGGACAGCCAGUACUUCAUCCAUGGUCAUCGGACCAGACCCCCUCCACAAGGGAGGGGGGAACAGAGGAGAAAAAGAAAAGAAGCGGCAGAUCAACUGGUCUAAAAAGGAGGUCUAUUUACAGGCUACAGUAUACAGAUGAGUUUUAAGGUGAGACUUAAAUGCUCCUACUGAGGUAGCAUCUCAAACUGUUACCGGGAGGGCAUUCCAGAGUACUGGAGCCCGAACGGAACACGCUCUAUAGCCCGCAGACUUUUUUUGGGCUUUGGAAUCACUAAUAAGCCGUAGUCUUUUGAACGCAGAUUUCUUGCCUAUGGUACAAUACAAUCUGCAAGAUAGGAUGGAGCUAAACCAUGUAGUAUUUUAUACGUAAGUAGUAAUACCUUAAAGUCACAUCUUGAGUGCACAGGAAGCCAGUGCAGGUGAGCCAGUACAGGCGUAAUGUGAUCAAACUUUCUUGAUGUACUUGAUGUCUUCAUGUACUUUGCUCAUUUUCCACAACUGGUGCACUAACAUCAUGUGGUUUAUUUUAUUUUAUUUUUUUUUACAUAUGUAGCAUCAUCUACAAAGAUACAAAAAAUUGCUAUUGCGACAUCCAGUGGACACAUUUAGAACAGCAGUUUCUUUCAUUCAAAAAUGUCGACCAAUUGUUAUACUCAUCCUGCGGGCCGAAUAAAACUGUACGUUUGGCACCCCUGCUCUAACCACUAGGCCACUGAGUAGGUGAUCACCACAAAUAAAUUAUUAACCGCAACAUGUAUGUGUAAAACAGAAAAAACAACAAAGUUAUGAUUUGUACAUUUUCAGAAUGUGCUUGUUCUAUUUUUAAACAAACAAACAAAAAAAAAUCUGUCUUUAUUUUUAAGUUAUCCUGCCGUGAUUUUACCAGUCCGGCUUACUUGGGAGUACAUUUUCCUCCAUGUGCCACCCCCCCAUUUAAAAUGAGUUUGACACCCCUGGUUUAAAUGGAUAAAUACAUGAUUUUUCUUCGUACGAACUGACAAAAAGGAUUUAUUUUUAAUGCCACACCUCUAAUGCACGUUUAAACGCCUGGUUUACCAAUCCGAAGAUGAGUAAAUUAAUGCUCCCAGCGGCUAUUUGAGGAAUUACGAUAUUAGCCCACAAGCCUGUUAGAGUAAGAAACAUCUGCACGACUUACUUUCUGUUGCGUUGUCGUCGCCGCUUUCAGUUGUUCACUCAUUCACCCAUUCAUUGCCAAAACAUCGUCAUCCCUUUCUUUCUUUCUUCCUUAUCUCCAACUUGCAUUGUAAAUGCAAGGUUCCCCCUCCUCCCCCUGGUUGUGUUUUUUCCCCUGCUUUGUGUAAAACUCUCUAAUAUUGUGGAAUAAAAGAUGACAUCCAUUGAAGUAUUUUAUUCAAACUGAAAAAAAAACAAAAACAAAGGAAGACUUAAAGGAGACGAUAUGAAAUCCUAUUUUCAUUACGAAUAAAACAAUGAAGACACGCAAUGAA